AUGCAUACUGGAAAGAAGCCAUAUCAGUGUCCUGAAUGUGAUAAAGCUUUUACAGUGAAGGGAAAGUUUAUCACACACCAGAUGGUUCACACUGGAGAGAAGCCAUAUCAGUGUUCUGAAUGUGUCAAAACCUUUUUAACCAAGGCUACGCUUAUCCAACACCUGAGAAUUCACACUGGAGAGAAGCCAUAUCAGUGUUCUGAAUGUGAAAAAGUCUUUACACAUCAGUCACAUCUUAUCAGACACCAGGAGAUUCACUCUGGAGACACAUCAUAUGAGUGUUCUGAAUGUGUCAAAGCUUUUUUAACCAAGACAGAGCUUAUCAUACACCAGAGGGUUCACACUGGAGAGAAGCCAUAUCGGUGCUCUGAAUGUGACAAAGCUUUUACAAAGAGGGAACACCUUAUCAAACACCAGAGGAUUCACACUGGAGAGAAGCCAUAUCGGUGUUCUGAAUGUGACAAAGCUUUUACAAAGAUGGAACACCUUAUCAGACACCAGAUGAUUCACACUGGAGAGAAGCCAUAUAAAUGUUCUGAAUGUGACAAUGUUUUUAAUCAGAAAGCUAACCUUAUCAAUCACCAGAAGAUUCACACUGGAGACAAGCCGAAUGAGUGUUCUGAAUGUGGAAAAACAUUUACAACCAAGAGAGGGCUUAUCAUACACCAGAUGAUUCAUACUGGAGAGAAGCCAUAUCAGUGUUCUGAAUGUGAAAAAUCUUUUAAAACCAAGAGAGAUAUUAUCUCACACCAGAGGGUCCACACUGGCGAGAAGCCAUUUCAAUGUUCUGAAUGUGACUAAGCUUUUAAAACCAAGAGCGAAAUUAUCUCACACCAGAGGGUUCACACUGGCGAGAAGCCAUUUCAAUGUUCUGAAUGUGACAAAGCUUUUACACAGAAGUCCAUUUUUAUCUCGCACCAGGUGAUUCAUACUGGGGAGAAGCCAUAUCAAUGUUCUGAAUGUGAAAAAGCUUUUAAUCAUAGGUCAAAUCUUAUCAGACACCAGAGGGUUCACAUUGGAGAAAAGCAAUUAAUGCUCUGAAUGUGACAAAGCUUUUAUAGCUAAUGCCGGACUAAUGUAUCACCAAAGGAUUCCGCUUCAGAGAGGUAACUCUGGAAGAAGGAGGAAUAUUAAAGAAGUUGUAGGUGUCCCAUUAGUUUCACAUUCACCAAUGUCAUCCCACAAGAUAGGGAAGAAGUGAAAAAAUAAAAUGCUACUUAAAAAAAACAAAAAUCUGUGAGCAGACUGAAAUGUGAUGAUCAUAUUCUUUUAGCCAGAUUCACGUAGCUGUGCCUAACUUUAGGCGGGCGUAGCGUAUCUCAUAUACGCUACACCGCUGUAAG